AUGGGACAUUUGUCGAGGGAGUGCACCAGACCCAAGACGGAGGCCACAAUCCACGCGGAACGACGCCGAGAAGCCAGAUAUGACGCAGGCAACGCCGGCACAACCUGCAGGCAAGCGAACUGCUUCCUGCAAUCGACGGGCGGCACCCUACCCAUCGUGAAGGGCUUAGUUGGGAGCCGAGCGGUCAGAGUUUGCAUAGACAGCGGCUCCAACGUCUCCGUCCUCGGCGAGAGCUUCGUGAGCCCUGAGGUUCAUCCCCGACCCUGGACGUUUCCCGAAACGAUAGAAGUGCUCGACCGAUGCAUCAGACCGGCGAGAGUGGCGACUCUGAACGUGGCCAUCGGAACAUCGACCGUGCGGCUCGAGGAGGUGGUGAUCGCGCCCUUGCCCGGCGCCAUGGACCUGAUUCUUGGUUCGGACUGGCGCCGCGCUGCGAAUGUUGACGUCACGUUCCACCCCACUAACGACGUCACCCUCGUCCCCGUUGAGCUAUCGGUGAGUGAGCCAUCGGGUCACGCACCAGGAGCACACGGUGCGCAUCGCGUCGGAGAGACCCUAAUAACAGCCUUUAGCAAUCGCAGGGUCCUAGACGAGCUACCGGCGAGCAAUAUCGGCUUCGUACAGCUAAAGAGGAAGGACCCCGGUUCUGACGAAGAUUACACCAAUCAGAUUGAAGAGACCGUAUCCAAAAUGUCCCGCGACGCAAACGCCGACGAACGAGAUGAGCUGCGCUCAAUUCUUCAUCGUCAUCAUAAGGCGUUCACCACGAGAAAGGACGCGCUAGGGCUGUGGCUUCACAUCGAUCUCAGAGACGAUAUUCCCGUCGCGUCAAGGCCAUACAGAUCCUGCCCCGCGCACCGCCAGUUUAUGAGAGAACAGGUCAUUGACUACCUAGCUAAAGGUAUCAUCCGACCGAGCCAGAGCCAGUACAGCACGCCUACCAUUGUAGUGGAUGAACCACACCACCCCACCACGCCCAGACGAAUGGUACACGACUACAGAAAAUUGAACAAGAAAACCAUCAAUCCGCCUUACCCGAUGCCAAUCAUGGAAGAUGUAAUUGACAUCAUGAGAGACGGUUCGACGUAA